AUGGCGCCCCAAGUUCUCGUACUCGGCAUGCCGCGCACUGGCACUCAAUCGAUCGGCCAGGCGCUCCAGAUCCUUGGGCUGGGCGAGUCCUACCACAUGACCACGGUUGGACCCAACAACCACCACGACGCCUGGUGCACAGCGAUCGAGGCCAAGUUCGGCGACAAGGACGCCUCCGAGGUCAUCACGCAGGAGUUCUUCGACGGCCUCUUCAAGGGCUACGACGCCGUCUCGGACUUUCCCGCCUCCAUCUUCUACAAGGAGCUGCUGGCCGCCUACCCUAACGCGCACGUGAUCCUCACCAAGCGCGCCGAGGACGCCUGGUUCGAGUCCAUGUGCAAGACGCUGCACGUGGCCUACAUCAAGGCCAAGGCCGAGCCGUCCAAGCUCGCAAAGCUGUACCACAGGCACCUGUGGGCGGACGACUUCCUCCGCAACGGCCGCGAGGCCUACCGCCGCCACAACGCCGGCGUCCUGGCCGCCGCCGCCGACCGCAAGGUGCUGGUCUUCGACCCCUCCAUGGGCUGGGCCCCGCUCUGUGAGUUCCUCGGCAGGGAUGUCCCCGCCGUCGGGUACCCCGCCAAGGACAUGUGGCAGGGCUACAAGCGCAUGCUCAAGGAGGUCGAGGAGGGCAGGCUCACCGAGGAUGCCAUCACCAUCGGCGCCCGCAGCGUCCAGGGCCCCAAGAUCAACUCGGCUUACAUCUACACCCAGUCCAAGGAGGCCGAGGUCAAGGGCAUCAAGUCGGCCUACAUCUACACUCAGUCCAAGGAUGCCGACGUGAAGGGCAUCAGGUCUGCUUACAUCUACACCCAGUCAAAGGAUGCCGACGUCGAGGGUAUCAAGUCGGCCUACAUCUACACUCAGUCCAAGGAGGCCGACGUCAAGGGCAUCAGGUCUGCUUACAUUUAUACGCAGUCAAAGGAUGCCGACGUCGAGGGUAUCAGGUCGGCCUACAUUUACACUCAGUCCAAGGAGUCCGACGUCAAGGGCAUCAGGUCUGCUUACAUCUACACCCAGUCAAAGGAUGCCGACGUCGAGGGCAUCAGGUCUGCUUACAUUUAUACGCAGUCCAAGGACGCCGACGUCGAGGGUAUCAAGUCGGCCUACAUUUACACUCAGUCCAAGGACGCCGACGUGAAGGGUAUCAAGUCCGCCUACAUCUACACCCAGUAG